UAUUAAUGACCACUGUCUUCACUAUUUCAAUCACCACUUAAGUAUCUGAAGCUGUAUAAAAUCACCAAAUAGUAAGCAGAAUGAAUAUGGAAAUACGCCAUAGUACUUAAAGGGUUAAUGGGCAGUCUAACCCUCCACCUCGUGACAUAAUUUCUCUUAUUCUUAGUUUUACAGCCUUGAAGUAUGCACAACAAACAGCACACCAUUAAUUCAUCCUUUUAUCUUUAUUUGUGGGUAAAGUGAGUGUGUGUACGCCGCUAAACAAUGACAAAAUAGUUAAAUGGCAGUUUGCUUUAGUUCAUCCCUCCGCUUUCCUUCUGCUAAUAUGGCGGAUGUUGUGUAGAAAAGCGACGCCUUGUGUGUGUGUCCUGUCGCCCUAUAUAGUUCCUACCCACUAGCCUACUGUCACGCUGGGAAGCUAGGCCUAUACGUGGGGACUCGGGAGGUGUACUUGUGGUGGUGGUGGCUGGUCCGGAAUGCGUACCGGCCAGUCGUUCCUGAGGCUGGCAGGGAGACAGGGAGGCAGGGAGGAACACCGGAGCAUUGUUGUGCCACUGUACGGAAACACAGGCCAGCAGGCCACCACCCCACCUGCCACCCACCACUCCAGCCAGCUCCCUGGGGCUCCCUGCAGGACAAGCCAUGGAGUGUGUGUGGCAGGGCACUGCCAUUAGUGCCCUACAGCAGCAGCAGCAGCAGCAGCAGCAGCAGCAGUCUGCCUCAGGUGGGAGUCACCAGGAGGCAGGCAGCACUGGCCACAGAGGAGAGACCAGGAUUGAGUGUCAGGUGUGUGGUAAAACCUAUAAAGGUAGAAGUGGGCUGUGGUACCACAGCCUGACACACAGCAGUGUUAAGAAACAUGAGUGUCAGGAGUGUGGAAGGAAAUUUACCAGGAAGGGUGAUCUCAACAGACACACCCUGACACAAAGACAUGCCAAGAGUCAUGAGUGUCAGCAGUGUGGCAAGAAAUUCACCACAGAAUCUGAUUUCACCACACACACCCUGAGACACAGUGGUCCUAAGGAUCAUGAAUGUGAGGAGUGUGGCAAGAAAUUUGCCAGAAAGUUUCACCUCACCAGACACACCCUGAAGCACACUGGUGUUAAGAAUUAUGAGUGUGAAGAGUGUGGCAAGAAAUUUGCCACGAAGUGUGAACUCACCAAACACAUCCUGAGGCACAGUGGUGUUAAGAAUUACAAGUGUGAGGAGUGUGGCAAGAAAUUUAUCGCAAAGUGUGAACUCACCGCACACAGCCUGACACACAGCGGCGUCAGGAAUCACGAGUGUGAGGAGUGUGGCAAAAGAUUCUCUAUCAUUAGUGCUCUCAACAGACACGUCUUCAGACACACUGGCUUGAGGGAGUUCAAGUGUGAUGUUUGUGGCAAGUGUUUCAAGACAAAGGAUGACAUUGCCAAACACAUGAGGAUCCACUUCUGAGGUGGCAGUGGUGGUGGUGGUGGUGGUGUGUGCGGUGAAUGGUGAGACAGUUGUGUGUCCAUCAUUGUCUUCAUUAUAAUGGUGCAAUACAUUAUAACUUAUUCCCAGCAUUUGUAUUUACUGUGUUCACUUUGUCACUUUUCUUCAUCGGACAUUUGUUGUCAAAUUUAUUGAUAUUUUGUAACUUUUUAAUUGAUUUUAUUUGUGGUUUGUCGUUGAUUUGGCUUAUUAUGAAAGUGUUGCGUUCUUGUGUGUCCGGAUGAAGUGUGUUCUGCAGGACGAGCAACACAACCAGUAAAACAUAGGAAAGAGAAAAGUGUUUUGCUCAAAUACAUCAGUGAACCAGUUGUAUGGACAAGAGAGAGAGAGAGAGAGUUGCUGAUUCUGAAGUUUAUUAUUAUUAUUACUAUUAUAUUUUGCUGAUGUAAAGGUUGACUGACUUAUUUCAAUACAGUGUAAAGGAAACACAGAAGGAAGCAGGCAGGGAGUUCAGGAGGGUGCCAGGGAAAGGGAUGAAAGAUUGAGAGUACUGGUGAGGUGAUGUGAUGUGUCCCCCGGCAUAUUACCCCAUGAUUGAUUGAUUGAUGGUGUUGGGCUUGUCUUGAGGCAAAAGAAUGUGGUGCUAUAGCAAUUGGGAGGAAUGUUGAUGUUGUCAGAGAGGUAGACAACCUUAGGGGUUUGGUCACAGCGUCCGUCAUGGGGAUUGCAGUGUGCUCAUGUGUCCAUAUCUUGAUUUUGAGAGGCCUGAGGACAUCCAUUCCGAGUAUUCCAUCAAUUCCUGACAGGCUGUUUAUGAUGAGGAGUGAUGUUCCGACACUAUGUUAUUCUCCCACUCGAGUGAUAGCUGCAUGUGGCCAACACUACCGCUGUUCCAGCACGGCAAGUUGUCCUUGUUACCUGGCACAGGAAACAGUGAUCAUGAAGGUGGUUCUCUCAAGGCAAGGCCCGCCAGUGCACUCCAGCGGUGCUGAUCCUUGCAGUUAACCCAGUGUGGUUAACUCGAAUGUGAGUGGUAAGUCCCUUGGUUUGUGUCGCUGACCUUUGCGGUCGUCCCAAAGCUGUUGGUGGAGUGCAGCAAUUGUGGCUUCACACUGUUCCAGGUGAGUAGGUUCAAAUCUAUGCAGGCACCACGCCACAACCAAAGGUGGUAGAAUCUGCAUCAUUUGGUGGUGACAUCCUGCUUCUUUGCCUCAGUGAGGAGAGGCCUAGAUCGACUGUGUGACUGUGGGAUAUACGUCCUGACCCUCCGCCUCACAAUUAUCAAGUACAUUAUUCAAGUGUUCUCGUCGAGGUACCUGGGACAAGUCGAGCACACACCAAGUCGAGCGGCAUACCAACUCAAGUGUCAUUGCAGCAAACUUUUUCCUCCAAAAAUUUACCCAGAUUGAUGGAAGAACGGUACACACACACACACACACACACACACACACACACACACACACACACA